CGUAGGUUUGUUUCCGGAAGUCCUAUUGAUUUUGUGGGUGCUUUUUGUGUUGGCUCUUUAGCUAGUUAGCUAACUACCCCAACCUUGCUUUCUCUCAAUACCUCUGGCAUUUAUAUUUAUUCGAAUAGCCUCAUAUACAGUAAAUGAUACAAUUUAAAUCUCGAAAUGAUUAAAAGUGUUAUUACGACCGUCAUCGAGAGAGACAACUUCCAACAGCAGCUAGCUUUGCUAGCCUGCUAACGUUAGCUAACUGUUCCUAGCCUUUUGCAAGACUGGAUCGUAACACUGACCCACUUAAACAAAAGUAGCUACACGUUACGAACUCUUAACUGUAGCUAGCUACUCAUAGACAGUUUGCCAUGAUGUCUGAAGCCAUCGUAACCUUCCAGUCUCAGCUCUCCGGAGUCAUGGAGACGGUAUUCAAGGCUGCCAUGUACGAGAUCACCAGGCUGGUGGAGGAUAGCUUCCUGAAGGAGGUGUCCCGUAGCCGGGAGCAGGUCGAGUCACUGAAGAAGCGGCUGCUGUGGUCAGAGAACAGACGCAGGGAGAGGGACAGAGAGGGAGGCCGUACGGGGAAGUGUGCGGACUGUGGGAGAACUGACGAAGAAGCCGAGGAGAGAAGCUCUGGAACCUCACAGACAGGUGCGGAGACGGGGAGUGGCCUGAAGCAGGAGAAGGUACCAGGGGAGGAGUGGACCAGCUGUGGGGGCGUGGCCGGGGAAACAGGCUUCCAUGAUCUGGAGGAGGCAGAGGCCACCAGUCCUAGGAGAACCUCUGAGUCCACAGAGGUCGGAGGUCAGAAGCUGGAUAGCCUGCUGAAAGAGGAGGCUCUCCACAACACUGAGCUACAGGAGAGAUGGGAGUUCUGCCUGGACGGGGCCGAUGGUUCGGACGUCUCGGGGCCCAGUAAGAGUUUCAGUGAGCAGGAGCUGCAGCAGUGCCAGGAUGACUGGGGAUCCGGUCUAGACCAGGGGCCUGAACCACCGGGCCCAGAGGGAGACCCAGGGGACCCCACUGACCCUCUCUACCGCCCUCGUUACAGCAUGGAGGAACUGGGGGGCAGCUUUGAGAAGUCUGGUUACGGCGGUGAUGGUGGUGGCGACCAUAUUCUAGACAUGGAAGGGCUAGAUAGGCUUCCUGGUUCUCCGUCUCGUCUGGGGGCGCUGACCUAUGUGAGUCACUUCCAGGUGAACCUGGGGGGGUCUGAGGGGGGAGACCAUCACCAUCGCUCCCACAUGCCUGGCCCCCAUCGGAGCCGGAGGGAGCGGGUGGGCUCGCCAACGCGGUCUCCCCAUCCGGAGGUGGGAGACCUGAACUGCCUGUUGAUCAACGAAGAGGGUUACCUGCAGGACUCCAGUGUCUUGUACCCCGAACACGGUGUCCCAGAGUCGGGUAACAGAGCUGACCACAGGGGGCUAACCUCCAUCCACUCUGGAAGCUCAGCCCACAACAACAACACAGAGAGCCUGUAUGGUGCCGCUGACAACUUUGGACACUCUCUAAAUCUCAGAGAUCGUUCACAAGAGCAGUUAACAGGAAGAGGGGGAGGAGGGGGGAGACGUCACGCCUGCAAUCAGUGCACCAUGACCUUCCCAGACUCUGGCUCCCUCAAGGCCCACAAGCAAACACACAAAACAGGGAGAGGGUCGAGUACAGGGUCAGGGUCUGGGCCUCCGUACUCCUGCACCCAGUGUGGUAAAACCUUCACCCAGGCCUGCAACCUCAAGGUCCACCAGCGUGUCCACCAGGCCGAGGGACUCCACCUCUGCAGCCACUGUGGCAAGGGCUUCACCUCCUUCUCCGACCUGAAGAGGCACAAGUGCAGCCAGACGACUGACAAGCCCUACUGCUGCUCCAUCUGUGGGAACAAGUUCAGUCGGCUCUGGAACCUCAAGCUGCAUCAGCGCAUUCACACGCAGGAGAAACCCCACCGCUGCACUAUGUGUGACAAGAGUUUCACUCGGGCGGACAUUUUGAAAGUGCACCUGCGCAUCCACACCGGGGAGAGACCGUACUGCUGCGCUGUGUGUGGACUCCGCUUCAAACGACUGGACCAUUUGAAGUUGCACCAGCGCAAACACAGGCUGGAUCUCCUGAACUGAUUUAUUUAAAUGUUUUAUUUGACAUUUUAGUCAUUUACCAGAUGCUUUUAUCCAGAGUGACUUACUAUUAGUGCAUUCAUCUUAGGAUAGCUUGGUUUAUUAUUAUUUUAUUUGACAUUGAGAUAAAAUGUUUUUGUGAUCAAUUGUUUAUUAAUAAGGACAUUGAAAAAAUGAACUGUUGGAAAUCUAACUGUGUUGAAUAAGAAUGUAUUCCUUAGAUUAUGGACUGUCUAUGAAUUGUCUGUCAUAAUGAUCAUGCCAACCUACCAAACAUUAGAAUAAUACUGCAUUCAUGACAGGUCAGAAACUGGGAACCUCUGAGUUAAAAUUAAGUUAUUUGCGUAGAGCUUCCUAUUGGUUGAUUUUUAUACUUUCCAAGUGGGAAACUCAGGUAUCAUCUUUCUACAACGAGUUCCAAGUCGUACAUUUCUGAGUUUCCUAGUUCCGAUCUGUCAUGAAUGCAACAUAGUCUCAUAUUUUCUGUUCAUCCAGCUUGCCUUCUCCCCCAGUCACUAACCAUACUGUAACCAUACAUGUUAUUCCUGUAUAUAAUAUAUUAUGUUACCUUAAUGGAAAUAAACAUUUUACCUGAA